UAUUAUAGCAGGAAUUGUAGUUCUAGUAGCAGUGGUAUUUGUCUUGUUCGUUUUUCGUUGUUGGAGACGAAGGGAAAGCAACUUCGGAUCUGAAGAAGCCAUAAACCAAAUAUCAGAGGGAGAUAAAAUCAGAUAUAACAACCUUAUGCAAAGUUCAGAAAAGAGGUAUUUUGUAAGAAUUAUGAUAGUUGGAAAGAAAUCGACCGAAAAAACAUGCCUCUUGAGAAGAUUAUUGAAGGAAGACAUAUCUGAUGUUCCUAGUACAGAUGGUGUUGAUAUUGUUGUUCGUAGAUGCAAAAUCAACAUUGAAGAUGGAAAAUGGAUAGUCGAGAAAGAUAUUGAUGAUAAUAAAGUCAGCCGGAAAAGGAGAGCGAUUACAACAAUCGACGCAAAGGUUGAUAUUGAUAAGAAUGACGAUACGAGUGAGUUUUCAUCAUUGAUAAUGCCGGACAAUUUCACUACCGACACAAAGGUCAAUCUGGAAAAGAAUGAAGAUACGAACUAUAAAGCUCAGAAGGAGUCUUCAUCAUUGUUAAUACCUGAGAAUUUGAUGUCUAAUGUGUUUUUUAAGUCAACUGUAAAUACUCCUUCGAACCCAAAUGCAUUGUGUGAAUUAUUGGACUUUGCAGGAAAAAAAGAAUUUUAUGCUACACACCAAGCAUUUUUGACAAGUUGUGCAGUAUACCUUGUAGUUGCAGAUAUGAAGGACGACAUAAGUAAACAAGGCUUAAGUCAGUGUUUUGCCAAUUUUCAGAAUAUUGGAGAGUAUAUUGAAUUUUGGUUUGAUUCUAUCCAUUGUCAUCGAAAAACCGACCAACCAGCUAGAUAUGGGCACUUCGAUCCUCCGAUUUUAUUAGUUUUCACUGGAAAGGAUAAAUAUAACGAGGCAGAUAUGAAGAAGAGAGAAAAGGAACUUAAUAACCAAAUAGACCGAGUUCUUGGAUAUCAGAGCAAAUAUCGACACUUGCACAGAUCAUUUUAUCUUUCAAAUAUCAUAGAUACCGACGAAGAAUUUGAAAAGUUGCGAUACGCAAUUUACGAGACUGCAAGUAACAUGGAAAAUUGGGGUAAAUCUUUUCCGUGUAAAUGGAUUCUUUUAGAACAUUUGAUAGAAAUCAAUAAAAACGAUGGAACAAAUGUUAUUACUAUGAAUGACAUGUUCAAACUAGCUAAACAUCCUGAUAUCAAUAUUCUAAAGACAGAGGAUUUGCUGUUGUUUUUGCGAUUUCAGCACAAUAGAGGUAACAUCAUUUUCUUUGAAAAUGUACCGGAUUUGAUCAUUUUAAGACCUCAAUGGUUAGCAGAUGCUUUCCGAUGUUUAGUCUCAGAUAGGUUUGAUAACAGCAGAUUGCACCACCGUGAGGACUGGACACUUUUUACACGACAAGGCUUAAUAAGUGAAGCGUUAUUAACAGAACUCUUUCAAUCAAAGGAUGGAAGUCGGUUUUCAGGACAGAAAAAUAAUUUGCAUGCAGUUUUGGAAAAGCUUGAUAUUUUGGUCAAAAUUGAUAACUCAAAUUAUAUAAUGCCAAGCAUGAUGCCGUCUGCAAAGUAUGAAGAUGUAUGUGAACAAUUUGGCAUUCUAACAGAAAUUUGUAAACGGACUUCUUGGCUUUGUUUUAAAUUUGAAUUCCUCCCACCUUCUUUCUUAAACCAUCUAUCUGCCUGGUUUAUCAGAAAAUAUGCAUUAAGCAAAGUAGACAGUGGGACUGCUUUGUACCGUGGCAUCUGUAUAUUUGACAUUGAUGGAUCAGGUUGUGUAAAGAUUCUGGUUACCAUGUCGACUGAUACAAUUGCUCUUCAGGUUUUGGCGUUUUCCGAACAACACGAGGAAUUCGGAAGCCCGUGUAGCGAUAUAUACAGUGAAGUAACACAACUUGUUGACGAUAUAAAACAGAAGUAUCGAUUAAAAAUAUCUUUUAAACUCCAUUUUAAAUGCAGUGGUGGCUACUAUUAUAAAGAUACAUUUGAAUAUGAGAGAUUGAAGCGUGAAACAGAGUGUUUCUGUCCUCAGCACCACACAGCACACCGAUCAGAAUUGUUAUACCUUCCUUGGAUGAAGAAUGAUGUAUGUUUUUUUUAAACCGCAUCUUUAUAAAUAGCUGAGACAAUCAUUUGUUUCCCUCAACACCUUUAACACUGUCUGGACUUUAUCAACACAUUCUUUACAGACUUUACUCAGCUGAAAGCUGGAUUAUCGCUUUAUUUCUUGUUUUAAUUUGUUUGCUUGGUACUUAUUUGACUACGAUAAAUUGGGACACUCGUUUUAUUCACAAAUACAAAUGUGUUAAAGAGUAAAUUAUUUUUAUAAUACUUAAAUAUCUUUUUUUCUAAUUUACAAUUCUACAUAAUUUUGGGAUGUACUAUAUAUUUGAGAUAGUAUCAUACAUUGUACUUUGUUUUUUACGACUAUUUAAGGAAAUCAGAUUAUUGGUAAGAAAGAAUCAUAUGUGGACAAUAAGUCAUAUUUGCUCACGGGAAUCCUUUUAAGAGUUCAAGCUGUCAACCUUUGUUUAUAUUAUAAGUGUCAAGUUUCAUCAGAUAAAAAGAAAUUCACAUCAGACUUAUAUAUUUGAAAGUUACAUGAAAUAGACUCUCUAACUUAUGGUUUUAUUAAACAUUUAUUUAAUAAUGAAUGAGUUUCUACAAGUACAUGGGAGAUUAUCUUAGUGUUAUUAACCAUAUUUUCGAAAGGAAAUCGGUUGUUGAUUUGGGGAUGUACGGCAGUCGGACGGGCGGACGGGCGGGCAGGCGGCCUCCAAGCAGUGUCCGUUCGUUAACAUGAAAACGCUUUGACGAAUGUUUCAAGUUUAUUUAUGUUGUUUCCUGUGAAUAAAUAAAUGUCAAGUUCAAUUUUCACGAGUUUAGCUUUUCUCGUUGUUAUAGCCCUUUUUCUAAUUAAUUACUCCAGUCUGUUCAAAGGGAAAUAACUAAUUUUUAAAAGAUUUUUAAAGACAUUGUAUUAAUGAUAAUUUGAUUUCUCUUAUUUUCUUUGGUAAAUUGUUUGAAUGUAUUUGUGGUAGGUUUGUGUGUUAUUCUGUAUAAACUAAUUUUCUGAAUGCUAUACAUAUAAUUUUGUUUUGAUGAAGUGAACUCCUUUUUUUAGAUAAUAAUCUAUUUCUAUUUAAGAA